CGAAUUUGACACGUUGAAUCUCGUGCUGACCACUGUAUGUACAUAUGUACAUAUGUACAUUUCCACUGUUACAAUGUGAAUAGUUUUUACGUUUGUUUUUAUGGAAUUCGUUGACUGAACUACGGUAUCUCAACAUUUGAAGAUAUAAAGAUUGUGAUAAUGCCUCUUGUAGACGUUGACGUGACUCCGAGAGUUUGAGUAACAUAAUUGUUUAACAAAUUUUGCCUGCUACGUGUCAUUUAAGGUUAGGAUUGGUUAGGGGGUUUCUGCAAUAUGACUGAAUAACAUACUUUUAGUAUGCCGAAAUUUCGAAUGCUUCCGCGAACAUCACGGAUUGUGGCACUAUGUUCCGCCGCGAAUUUUAUAAACGCGGCGGAUCGAGUAAUAAUGCCUAUUGCAAUUGUCACAAUGACCGAAGAGUAUAAAUGGAGUUUAUAUUGGCAAGGUUGGAUACUUUCUGCUUUUGCCUUUGGUUAUUUUACUAGUCAGAUUAUUGGUGCAAAUACAGCGAGUCGUUUUGGAUGUAAAACGGUACUAAUGUUUGCAGUUUUAUUAUGGUCUAUUAGUACAAUUAUAACACCAAUCCUGGUACAGUCAGUUCCAUUGCUCAUUAUAUGUAGAGUGGUUUUAGGAUUAGGAGAAGGUCUAGGUCUACCAGUUACUUUUCACUUGUUUGCUCAUGCUAUUCCUGUAGAGGAACGUUCUCGUGCAUUUGGGUACCAUGUAGCUGCUGGUUCAAUUGGACAAGUAGUUGCGUCCAUUUUGUGUUCGCGUUUAGCAUGGCAAACAGGAUUUUAUUUAUUUGGAGCAAUUGGAAUUGUAUGGUCACUUCUAUGGUUAUUACUUUAUCAGGAAACAAACUCUCAGGAAGAAAUUCCUUUAUUUGUACCUAAGGUGCCACAAAAUAGGAAUUUGCGAUGGACCGAAUUCAUCUCUCAUUGGCCUUUAUGGGCAUUGUACAUAGCACAUUUUGCAAUGAAUUGGAGUAGUUAUAUAAUAAUGCAAUGGUUGCCUACUUACUUGGCACGAAAUUUGUCUGCUAAUAAAGAAAGUAUUAGUUUAACAGCGCUUCCAUACAUUGUAAAUUCUCUUGUUGGAAUUGUUGCUGGUCACAGUGCCGAUAAUCUCAUACAGAAAAGGUGGACUGUUUUAUCUGUAAGAAGAUUAAUGACAAAUAUAGGUUUAAUAGGGCCUGGUGCAUUUUUAGUAGCAUUUUGUGCUGUGGAUAACUUACUUUCUGCAGUAAUCUUUGUUUCGAUAUCCAUGGGUCUUUGUGCAUGUAAUGCUGCUGGCCAUCUUAGUAAUCAUGCAGAUGUAGCACCAAAUCAUGCGGGUAUCACAUUUGCAGUUUCUAAUACUAUUGCGACUAUACCGGGUAUUUUAUGUGGACCGUUAACGGCGGAGUUAGUGACUGCUUCACAUGGCCGUUGGAUGCCAGUUUUCGUGUUGGCAGCGGCAAUCAAUUUCACAGGAGCCAUUAUAUAUCAAAGUCAUAGUUCUGCGCUCCCAGUGUUGUGAUAUGCUCCACUGAAAAACAAACUCACAAGUGUUUAUCGUCAAAGUCAACGAAAUUAUACGAUCGAUAAAAACUUGCCGCGAAAAUGUACCUUCAAAUCGUGUUCAUUACACACAAUUCUCUUAAAACAAAAUUUUAUCGUGAACACAGGGCACUAGUAUCGCAUGUUUGUACAUCACACAUCGUUUAGCUGAAAACAUAUCAAAAUAGAAGGCAUGUACACUGUAAGUUUCAUACCGUUCUCAUUCAGUAAACACUCGUCGCAGUAUUAGAGGAGUUUACUUGUUAUGAAUAGUGCCAUAGUUUUAUGCACUCGGAGGAAUUGGUGAUAAUUAUUUAUCUUACCACUGAUUUCACUGAUUUUGAUGAUCUUAAAAUAUGUUAUUUGUAAUAUAUAUAUACUCUGCGGCAAAGUGUCACUAAAUAGUUGACCUGUGACAUUUUCAAUUAGCCAUAGGAAAACAUUUGGUGUAGAAAUAUGCUUUAAUUAUUCUGAAUAACAUUUUCCUAUACAUGUUACCGUCGUUCGGUCUAAAUUUCCGAGGUGUAUGCGAAAUAUAUUCGGCACUAGAUUUAUUUAAUAUUAUGUAAAUUUAUCUACAGUAAGAUACAUAAUUAUUAUAGUCUAUAUAACUGCACGCAUAAUAGUUGGAUCUGAGACAGAUCUGAGUUAGUAACUCAUAAUAACAUGAAUGUCUGGAUCAGA